AUGCAUGACCCAGUCAACCGGUCACAAAAGCUGAGGCACAACACCGGCAAUGAGGCUGCGGGCCCACUGCAAUUUGGCAGUAGCAGGUCACUCCCCAAUUAUCCGUUCCUAAAUGGCAGUUAGUCUGCAUUUAAUUCAUGCUUCUCCCUCUCUCUCUCUCUCUCUCUCACUUCACUCUCCCACUCUCUCUCUACAAUCCAAUAAAACUCCCCCCUCUGAAACUUCCAUUCCGUGGCACAUAUCUCUCAGAUCCCUGCCAUUUUUCAUAUUCAAUUGGAUCACCUCCUGUCGAUCACUUUCUCUCUCUAGGAUCCUGCUCCUCCCGUCGCUGUCCGUACAGCAUUUCUCUGGAGAGUUAAGGUUUUUCCAUAGCUACUGAAAGGGAUAGAUAUUACCAUGAAGAUUGGAAUCCAACUUUGAAAAUAUCCGUUGGGAAAGUUUUGCCAGUAGCACACUGUCUAUGUUUGGACAUACUUUGGGCUGUAUGAUUUGAGUGUGUAUAGUGGUGAAGGUGGCUCACAUGUACGUAGAGGCGUGGACUUUAGUGACCUUUAAGGUAUCAUUGGUGGUGUUGCUUCGUUGCUGCUGAUUAUUUGGUUAGAGGGAGAUGCUGGAAACGGAGUCUUGUCCUUCACGGGUUUUAUCACCAUUCCGCGAGGAGAGUGGGGACGAGGAGCUCUCUGUUCUUCCGAGGCAUACGAAGGUUAUUGUGACUGGGAAUAAUAGAACAAAGAGUGUUCUGGUGGGGCUGCAAGGCGUUGUCAAGAAGGCAGUUGGCCUUGGUGGAUGGCAUUGGCUGGUUUUGAAGAAUGGGGUUGAGGUCAAGCUCCAAAGGAAUGCUUUGAGUGUGUUGGAACCUCCAACUGGAAAUGAAGAAGACGAUGAUUAUGAUUUUGAUGAUUCUAGCAGUGGUUCUGACAUAGGUGGGAAAGACCAUCAUCCCUUCACUUCUGGCUUUCAAUUCAGCAAGAUAAACAAACCACGAGCUCGGUAUAGUAGACCGUGGUCGCCAUCUCCAUCCAUGAAAUCAGUCAAUCGGAGUAGUUGCAGAGAAGUUCAGUUCAAAUGUCAUACAACCCAACUGAGAGUUAAUUUGUCGAAGCUCGGAACUGGAUCGCUGUGGAGAUACUGGCGGAGCUUCCAUCUCGCACAUGUUAGUCCUAACCCUACUAAGGAGCAGCUGGUCAAUGCUAUCCAGCAGCAUUUUUCUUCACAGCAUGUGGAUGAGGUACAAGUGAUUGUGGAUUUCAUCCGCGCGGCCAAGAGACUACAACCGGUUGUUGGCAUAAAUUGAGUGAGAUAUAUAUAUAUAUAUAUAUAUAUAUGCCUCAUUUACCUGUAAUAUAUCUAUCUAUAUAUGUAUGUAUGUAGCGACUACUCUAGUUUUCACCUUUAAUUAACUGCUAAUCUCAGAGAUCAGGUUUGUAUGUGAGUUUUAACAUAUUCCUAGUCUCACAACCCUAACCUUGUAUCUUCACUAGUGGGCCAAUUAAUAUUAUCCUCCACAAUUUUCUCAAA